AUGGCGGGAGUCUUGGGUAUCUAUGGCCUCAUCACUGCAGUGAUCAUCAACGGCAAGAUGGAUGCUGCAAAUUAUUCUGCUUACUCGGGCUAUGCCCACUUAGGGGCAGGGCUCACUGUUGGCAUGAGCUCUUUAGCUGCAGGACUCGCAAUUGGCAUCGUAGGCGAUGCCGGCGUGCGAGCAAAUGCCCAGCAGCCACGACUCUUCGUGGGGAUGAUCCUCAUCUUGAUCUUCGCAGAGGCCCUUGGCUUGUACGGCUUGAUUGUUGGCUUAGUGGUGGCCUCCACUGCGGAGGGCAAAGGACAUGGGGAGAUUCGGGAGGUAAAGCAUGCCAGCUGGCUAUGCCGACAAGCUGUGCACAAACCCACAAAGCAAAUGUGUUGUUCGCAAUUGAUUUGUAGGUUGAAUAAGUUUAAUUUGAUUUUGAUUCUAAUAGCUUUUUGUUACUACUAG